AUUGAUGUGAAAAGCAUUUGACAUAUAUGCAAUUUAUCCGCUUUGAUAGUCCCGAGGCAAAGGACAGUCGCUGAAUUGCCGUCUCCCAGUAUCUUUCAGAGAAAAGUUGGGUUUGUUUCAUCGGAGCAAAACCCCAAAUGGCUCGGUAUACAGGUGAGCUUGUGGGAAAAGUGAAUUCAGCACAUCAAUUUGACAACGAGGCCUUGUUUCGUUAUUGUUCUAUUCAUGUCGAAGGCUUCCCUCGUUCUUCAUCCAAAUUUUCCGUUUCUCAGUUUGGGUAUGGGCAAUCAAAUCCCACAUAUCUUAUAGAAAUGCAGUCAGGCACUGUGGUGAAGAGGUAUGUAAUGAGAAAGAAGCCCUCUGGGAUUCUGCUCCAAUCUGCUCAUGCCGUUGAGAGAGAAUUUCAGGUGCUUCAUGCAUUGGGUACUCAUACGCUUGUUCCUGUCCCCAGAGUCUUCUGUUUAUGUACCGACUCAAGUGUAAUUGGAACUCCAUUCUACGUUAUGGAAUUUUUGGAGGGGCGCAUAUUCUUAGACCCUAUGCUACCUGGUGUGGCACCUAAUAGGAGGCAAGCUUUAUACCAUGCAACUGCUAAAGCUUUGGCUUCUCUUCAUUCUGCUGAUGUUGAUGCAAUUGGUCUGGGAGGCUAUGGGCGACGGAACAACUACUGUAAACGCCAGGUGGAAAGGUGGGCGAGACAAUAUAUUGAUUCUACUGGUGAAGGAAAAUCCGAGAGAAACCCAAAAAUGUUAAAGCUGAUUGCUUGGUUGCGUCAGAAUAUUCCUUCAGAAGAUUCUGCUGGAAGUUCAGCAGGGCUAGUCCAUGGUGAUUUUCGGAUUGAUAAUCUAGUUUUCCAUCCUAUUGAGGAUAGAGUGAUUGGCAUUCUUGAUUGGGAGUUGUCCACUCUUGGAAAUCAGAUGUGUGAUGUUGCAUACAACUGUCUGUUGUACAUUGGAGAUAUCUCACAGGAUAAAGUGAAACAUAAUGAAGGUUUUGAAAUUACUGAUGCUCCUGAAGGAGUUCCUUCAUUGGAAGAAUAUCUGAUGGACUACUGCACUGCUGCUGGAAGACCAUGGCCUGUUGCUGGAUGGAAGUUUUAUGUUGCCUUUUCGCUUUUCCGUGGUGCAUCAAUCUUAGCAGGUGUCCACAGUAGAUAUAUUAUGGGUAAUGCAUCAGGUGGAAAGCGUGCUCAAGAUGCUGGGGAAAAAGCCAAUGAUCUUAUACAAAUUGCUUGGUCUUAUAUUCAAAGGGAAACUGUUCUAUCACAAAAUCCUCCAUCUGAUAUAAGAGGAAAAGAUCAUGUAUAUGGUAUUGCAAAUGAAAAGAAAGAUCAAGGGUUGGAAGAGGGAGGGAGAUUUAUUCCUAACAAAAAAGUAAAGGAGCUGAGAGAAAAACUAAUCAAGUUCAUUGAGGAACGUAUAUAUCCAAUGGAGCCUGAGUUCAGCAAGCUUGCUCAGUCUUCCAUGCGUUGGACGGUUCACCCAGAAGAGGAAAAGUUGAAGGAGAUCGCAAAGCAAGAAGGCCUAUGGAACCUUUUUAUACCUUUUGAUAGUGCCGCAAGGGCAAGAGAAAUUCUUUUCAAUGGGAGAGAUGAUAAUGUCAUUGGAACGGGUUUUCCUAACCAAUUGGGCGCUGGACUCUCAAAUCUUGAGUAUGGAUACCUUUGUGAGAUCAUGGGUCGUUCUGUGUGGGCUCCACAAGUUUUCAACUGUGGGGCACCUGAUACCGGAAAUAUGGAGGUAUUGUUGCGCUAUGGCAACAAAGAACAACUUCAAGAAUGGCUUAUUCCAUUGCUUAGUGGAACAAUCCGGUCUGGAUUUGCAAUGACAGAACCUCAAGUUGCAUCUUCUGAUGCGACGAAUAUAGAGUGUUCUAUAAGAAGAGAAGGUGAUACAUAUGUUAUAAAUGGAAAGAAGUGGUGGACAAGUGGAGCCAUGGAUCCUAGAUGCAAACUCCUUAUACUUAUGGGGAAAACGGACUUAAAUGUGCCAAUUCAUAAGCAGCAAUCCAUGAUUCUCAUAGAUAUCAAUACUCCUGGUGUGAAAAUACUAAGACCUCUCACGGUAUUUGGCUUUGAGGAUGCACCUCAUGGACAUGCAGAGAUUUCAUUUGAGAAUGUCCGUGUUCCAGCUAAGAAUAUCCUGUUGGGGGAGGGCCGUGGCUUUGAGAUUGCACAGGGUAGGUUGGGUCCAGGGAGGUUGCAUCACUGCAUGAGAUUAAUAGGUGCAGCAGAACGUGGGAUGCAGUUGAUGGUUCAGAGGGCUCUUCAAAGAAGAACAUUUGGAAAAUUAAUAGCUCAGCAUGGCUCCUUUGUUUCUGAUGUGGCCAAGUGUCGGAUAGAGCUAGAGAGAACCAGACUAUUGGUUUUUGAAGCUGCAGAUCAACUUGAUAAGCAUGGAAACAAGAAAGCUCGUGGUGCCCUUGCGAUGGCCAAGGUUGCAACUCCAAAUAUGGCAUUGAUGGUGCUUGACACGGCAAUGCAAGUGCACGGUGCGGCGGGCGUAUCGGGAGACACUGUUUUGUCCCAUCUUUGGGCUACGGCUAGGACUCUCAGAAUCGCAGAUGGUCCAGACGAAGUUCAUUUGGGGACCAUUGCCAAAUUAGAGUUGAAGAGAGCUAAGCUUUGAAGAUUUCAUAAUGUGUGAUGAAGUAGAACAUAUAAGAAAGAUCAACGAACCAAGAUAAUGAGGUAAAUGAUUAUUACAAUGCCACAUAGGGGUUAUUUGACGGAUUAUGAAUAAGUUGAUGAAGAACGUUUAAGGGGUGUUCUUUUGGUUUUUCAAUUGAGCCCGAUAUAUGUUAUUAAGGUGACUAUAAGGUUUAAGAUGUUGAUGUUGGUAUAGGUUAAGAUAUAUUGUUGUUUGUUUUGUGUCUUCGAUAAACGGUUUGAAUGAUAUAAAUGACUAUUUAAUUUGUUUAUCU